AUGUCCACCGAAAACCUCACCGAGGCUCCCGCUGCUUCCGCCGCCGUCGCCGUAAAACUUCCGGACUUCUGGAAGUCAGAUCCGGCGAUGUGGUUUGCACAAGCUGAAUCCCAGUUUGUGUUGGCCGGAGUCAACAAGGAUGAGACGAAGUUUCACCACAUCGUUGCAAAAAUCGACCAGACAGUAAUCUGCCACGUAGCUGACCUGGUCAGGAAGCCUCCUGCGACCGGAAAGUACAACGCCAUCAAGGAACGUCUCAUCGCCCGUUUCGAACUAACGGAUGCAGGAGCUUGCUUCCGGACUCAAGGUCGACGACUCGCUGCUGAGAAUGCUGUUUUACAACGACUUCCGGCGAACAUCCGUGGAGUACUCAGCAUCAACGAUGGCAGUCUCUCGAAGCUGGCGGAAAUGGGCGAUAAAAUGACGGAGUUGGUUCCACAAACUUCUGCUGUCAAAACCCUUGCCGUACCGGAUUCGCAGGAAAGCCUGGCGGAUCAAGUCGCUGCCUUGACAGCUGAGCUGCAGCGCAUGAAGGCACAAGGACCUGAUCGCAGAAGACCGCGUUCCGUUUCCCGCAAACGCGACGAUGAAAGCACCAUCUGCUGGUAUCAUCGCAAGUACGGCAGCCAAGCUGACCGUUGUCGAAGCCCGUGCAAGUUCCACCAGUCAAAACUAACUUCCCGCCCAUCCGCAAUCGACGAGGUGGGCGGAUCAGAACCAGCCGCCGUCUACAGAUCUUCGACAAAACUUCGGGCGUUCGGUUUCUCAUCGACACAGGCUCGGAUGUGUCGAUAA